UGUCCAUCACAGCGUUGCCACCAUCCAGACUAUAAUAAUGAUCUGCAGCAGUUCUUGAUGAGGACAGUUACUCUCAUCAGAGAAAAAGUGUCUGAAACUCUUGGGUUCAACAUACGUGGUGGAAAGGAACAUUUUUGUGGUAUAUAUCUCUCCAAAGUGAUGCCCAAUACAGAAGCUGAACGAUUAGGGUUGAGAGAAGCUGAUCAGAUCAUCUCUGUAAAUGGAACCAGUUUUGAGGAUAUUGAACAUACUAAAGCUGUAAAGAUUCUGAAAGCUAAUACAGAGAUAGUAAUGCAACUGAGAUACUUCCCAUACGGAUACAAAAAAACAUAUGAGAAAGUGCAAAAUUCUAACGUAGGAGUAGCUUCAAGUUAAUAUUUUUAUGAAGUGUGAGCAAGGUAACAUUUAUGAAUGGAUUCGGGAAAACCAGUUAACCAGACUCGAGUCCUGGAGGUGGGAAGUACAGUGCCUGCACUCUGAAAGAUGGGUCAUCUGAACUAUGACAGCACACUUCUGGAAAGACAUCGAUUGAAUGGAUGCUGGUGAAUGGUUCAUGUUUUUGUAUCACUGUGCCUUAGCGGGAGACACAUGCAUGUAUACCAUGUUUUGCGGCUUAUGAGAUGCAACUUAUAAGACUUGUUUUAGUUUCAAUAGAUUGGCAUCGGACAUAACUGGGAGAGCUACAGCCCACCCCAAACUUAUAGCUCUCGUCACUGACUUUCAGUUUAUAGGACGCAGGGUUGUUUUUGGACAGAUUUAAUGGAAAAAAUGUGUCUAAUAUGCCGCGAAAUACGGUACAUGUUAAAAUAAUUCUAACUACUUACUAUAUUCACAAGAAUGUAUUAAACCCAUAUAGGUAAUACAGCAUCAGAUUCUUUUGUAAUUAUCAUUUUUUUUCAACAUAUAUAUACGUAUGAAAAAAAUUGAGAACAAGCGAUGCAAGAUGCAAAACAAGCACGGGGGGAGUUGAAAGAUAGCUCUAGACCUUUCAUGUUGCAAUCAGCACAUCAUCAGGAGCUUGCAAUGUUGCAGGUAAGAAGAUAAAAUCUGAAUAAACACGGUUUUGUCUGGCACAUUUUGGUUGUAGCACAAUUAAAGAAUUGCAGCAUGUUUUUGUAUAACACUUCGUAAAAUUAACAUGAUUCGCAGGAGGGGGAAAAUUUUGAGUGCGUCGCCCGCGGUUCUUGCCAUACCUUAAAUCUGCCAAGCAAUCAUGGCACCCAGUAGGCAUACAAGUGUUGCUGAAAGUGGCAAGAAAAGGUUUAAGCGUUUAAGUCUUAGAAUUAAUGAAGAAAACACGCUAGAUAACAGGGAUAUCUUGCUACUCCUACUUACACUUUGGUCACACUUCACAGACACACACAUGCAUAUAUAUAUACAUACAUCUAGGUUUUUCACCUUUUUCUAAAUAGCUCUUGUUCCUCUUUAUUUCUUCUAUUGUCCAUGGGGAAAUGGAAAAG